CGUGACCGGAAGCGAUUGCUCGGUUCCCACUGGCAGUCGGAAGUGUUGAGGUCCUUGAAAUGUAUAGUAAAUAAAGCCAGGCCCUUACGGUGUCCUACUCUUGUUCUUAUCAUGGCUGUUAGUGCAGUUUAUCUCGGAUCAGACGCCUUUCUUGUUUGUAUGAAUCAUGCCUUAAGUACCGAGAAAGAGGAGGUCAUGGGACUGUGCAUCGGAGAGGUUGAUACGAAUCGUGUCGUUCACAUUCAUUCCGUGAUCAUCCUGCGGCGGUCGGAUAAGAGGAAAGAUCGUGUCGAAAUAUCACCGGAGCAGCUCUCUGCCGCCUCAACCGAGGCAGAAAGGUUAGCUGAGAUCACCGGGCGCCCAGUCAGGGUUGUAGGAUGGUAUCAUUCUCAUCCUCACAUCACAGUGUGGCCAUCACACGUCGAUGUGAGAACCCAAGCCAUGUAUCAGAUGAUGGACCAAGGAUUUGUUGGACUUAUUUUCUCUUGUUUCAUUGAGGACAAGAACACUAAAACGGGCCGAGUUCUUUAUACCUGUUUCCAGUCUGUACAGGCGCAGAAAGGCUCAGAGUAUGAGAGAAUUGAGAUUCCAAUUCAUGUGGUUCCACAUGAGGCGAUUGGUAAAGUCUGCCUGGAGUCUGCGGUCGAACUUCCCAGGAUCCUUUGCCAAGAGGAACAGGACACAUACAGAAGGAUUCACAGCUUAACACAUCUGGACCCCGUCACAAAGAUCCAUAACGGCUCAGUAUUCACCAAGAACUUGUGCAGUCAGAUGUCUGCCGUGAGCGGCCCGCUGCUGCAGUGGCUGGAGGACCGUCUGGAACAGAACACGCAGAGCAUUCUAGAACUCCAGCAGGAGAAGGAGCGCCUCGCCCUGGAACUAGCCUCUCUUUGAGCAACACGCACGUCGGUGGGAGUCCAUCCUCUUUUCUUUGUUGCCAUUUGGAGAGAUAGCACUUGUACAGAAUAACUUUGAGAAUGUAAAUUAAUUUGAGAUACUCUUGUUGCAUAGACCACCUGGCUAAGUGAUUUAAAAUUUUGUGGAAAACGGGUAAAGUUUGUCAUUUCUAAAAGUUAAUCCUACUACCAGGAUAUCCACUUAUAUGUGGAAGCCUUGUGUUCUUCUCACACUGCCAAUAUACCCACACACUUGUUCAUCUCUGUCUCUCUGUCUCUCUCUCUCUCUGUCUCUCUCUCUCUUUCUCUUUCUCUGGUUCACCGUUGAUCCACUCUGCCUCAAUAUACCCAUAUUUUGUGUCAAGAGAAUUGUCCUGGAAUGCAUGUGAAUUGCUAAUAAACUAUAUUUAAAGAUGUA